UUUGUGUGUGUGCGGGAGAGAGGGAGGCAGAGAGAGAAGCCGUGCCUGGGCUAUGCUGACAGACGACUUUUUCCUCAGUUGUCAGGUUUCGAGCCUGCCGGCAGCGCUGCUGCUAUGGAGUCACCGACUAAGGAAAUCGAAGAAUUUGAGAGCAACUCUCUGAAAUACCUACAGCCAGAGCAAAUAGAGAAAAUCUGGCUUCGUCUCCGAGGCUUGAGAAAAUACAAGAAAACAUCACAGAGGAGCUUGUUAUGGGAAACAGUCGUCACAUUUGAGCGGCUCCACAGUCUGAUCAUUCACCUACGGUUGCGGUCUUUGGUAAAGCAGUUAGAGAGAGGGGAAGCUUCAGUUGUAGACCUAAAGAAGAAUUUGGAAUAUGCUGCGACUGUUCUUGAGUCAGUAUACAUUGACGAAACUAGGCGUUUACUGGACACAGAAGAUGAGCUCAGUGACAUCCAGUCUGACUCCGUGCCCUCGGAGGUCCGGGACUGGUUGGCUUCUACCUUCACGCGGCAAAUGGGGAUGAUGCUUAAAAGGACCGAGGAAAAACCCCGGUUCAGGAGUAUUGUCCAUGCAGUACAAGCUGGUAUAUUUGUGGAAAGAAUGUACAGACGGACUUCAAAUAUGGUUGGCUUGAGCUACCCACCAGCUGUAAUUGGAGUGCUAAAGAAUGUAGACAAGUGGUCCUUUGAUGUAUUUGCACUAAACGAUGCCAGUGGGGAUCAUGCACUGAAAUUCAUUUUCUAUGAACUUCUCACACGCUAUGAUCUGAUCAACCGUUUCAAGAUCCCCAUUUCUGCCCUGGUGUCCUUUGUGGAAGCUCUGGAGGUUGGCUACAGUAAACACAAAAAUCCUUAUCACAACCUAAUGCACGCUGCAGAUGUGACACAGACGGUCCAUUACCUCCUUUUCAAGACAGGCGUAGCGCACUGGCUGACAGAGCUGGAGAUCUUCGCUAUGAUCUUCGCAGCUGCCAUCCAUGACUAUGAACACACUGGAACCACCAACAACUUUCACAUCCAGACACGGUCAGACUCAGCCAUUCUGUAUAAUGACCGGUCUGUGCUUGAAAAUCACCACGUUAGUGCGGCAUAUCGUCUUUUGCAAGAUGAUGAAGAGAUGAAUAUUUUAUCUAAUCUCUCAAAGGAUGACUGGAGGGAAUUCAGAGCUCUAGUGAUUGAGAUGGUGUUGGCCACUGAUAUGUCCUGUCACUUCCAGCAAAUCAAAGCCAUGAAGAAUGCUUUGCAGCAGCCAGAAGGAAUUGACAAGCCGAAAGCCUUAUCACUGUUGUUGCAUACAGCAGAUAUCAGUCAUCCAGCCAAGGCCUGGGAUCUCCAUCAUCGCUGGACCAUGUCUCUGCUAGAGGAGUUCUUCAGACAGGGUGACAAAGAAGCAGAACUAGGGCUUCCAUUCUCUCCACUGUGUGAUCGCAAGUCUACUAUGGUUGCUCAGUCUCAAAUAGGUUUCAUUGAUUUCAUCGUGGAACCCACUUUUACUGUGCUGACCGACAUGACCGAGAAGAUUGUCACUCCACUCAUUGAUGAAGCUUCCCGCUCUGGCAUGUCCGGGUUCAGGCGUUCCAGUCUGAAUAGCAUUAGUCCUGCUGAAGUUAAAAGAUCAAGUGUCAAGAGCACUGGGUCCGAAGGAAGUGCCUCACUCAACUGCUCCAUACUCACUGUGGAUUUCAAAUGUUUUAAAGCCACCUGGACUGAGGUGGUGCAGCAGAACCGGGAGAAAUGGAAAGCACAAGCCACCAAAGAAGAAAAAGCUAAGAAAGAAGCAGAGGAAAAUGCUCAUCAGGGAACAGAUGAAAAGAAAACAGAUGAAAAGGAUGAGAAGAAGCCAGCUGAAGAUGCCACAGCAGUAAAGACAGAGAACAGCAAAGAAUCAAAUCCUGGAGAAAACAAAAGCGCAGAUUCCAAUAAGAAUCAUGUAAAUGGGACUCGGCAAACUGGGGUGAACAAACAGGAAGCCUCUCAAGGGAAAAACGCACCUAGGACAGAUAAGGGAAUGGACUCUCAUCACGUAGUGGGAGAAGAGAAACAGCAUGUCCAGAAUGGUGAAUUAAAGGAAGACAAUAAGUUGGACAAAAAAGACCAGUCUAAUGUGGAGGAUGAAUCAAAGAAAACAGAUGAUACGGAAGAGUAAAAAUAUAUAAAAAAAGAGACUGCAAAUUUCUUUCAUCAUUUUAGCUGAGCUUCUUCAUUCCCGUUCUCCUCCUCCUUCCACAAAGACCAGUUUCUGGGGAAGGCAUUAAACAACUGUCAAAACACUCCUCCUCCCACUGGCUACUUCACAGCUAAUGACUCUGGGUUCUAGGGUGGGGGCCUUGGUUUUUUGGGUCAGUUUUGGUUUUGUUUGUUUUUUCGUGUAUGUGUGCAUUUUUUGUUGUUCUGGGAAGUUUUUUCUUAAAAAAAACAGUGGUGAUUUCCUGAUGCAAAUGGUUCCAUUUUUCUGGACAGGUCGAGCAAAUAGAUGAGAGUCAUCUUCAAAAGCUGGUAUUGCCCUUUGCUGUGCCUCAGUUUAUGAAACCAACAUUAGGAUGAUGCAAAAGAAUAUAUAAAAAAAAAAAGAAAACUUGAUAAUACUUCACUUUUACUCUUUUUCUUUUCCCCAAGAGUCUUUUCCUAUUGCUGGUAGACAGAAUUUGUCAACAGUUUUACCCUUGCCAUGGAAGAUUUUAUUAAUAAGAAUGGUGAAUUUGUAGUCAUUUGACUAUUUGUUAGGAUUUGAUAUCUUUCCCAGGUGAUGCAAUGAUAGCAAAAUAUUUUCGUUUCUAAACAGCAGGCAGACUCAGUCAACCCUUGAUUUUUUUCUGGUUUUGCACUUAGUAAUAGGAAAGAAAUAAUCAAUGAAAGCGAUAUUCCCUUGGGGUAAAUUUUGUUGUCGGACUCUGAGAGCAUGCACUAAUGUACUGCUUGAUGUGCCUGCCUUAACUUGAGAUUACAGAUAAUGAGCUGUUUCCCACAUUUGCUCAUGGGCUACUAGUAACCACUCUUUUUCUGACCUGAAGAUCUAAGAGAAGAAGGGCAGCAGGGAAUCACAUGGAUCAAUUCUUACUUUCAUCUCAGUGUGGUCUUUCUUUUAUCACUGACUGAAUGGACAGGCCAAAGAAAAAGAAAAGCAUUGCUGGAGAAGUACAGACAGACAAAAUCAAAAAGAAAAAGUGUGUCCUAAAUACACUGCUGGAGUUGGUGGAUAAAACUGUCUCAUCCAGUGGAGUUAGAUACAUGGAAAGUAGCCAUCAUUUUGGCCCAUUUUAAAGACGAGAUGUUUAAAAACUAACUCGCUCAGUCCUUUAUUCAGGAAGGUAUCUUUGUAUGAGAAACGUCAAACACAUAUGUAAGUGCUUUCCUGGCUUGGGAUCUUGGUAGGGAU